GGGUACAAAUGGAACAUUUGACAGCGCCACCUGUUUGAAGAUACAUGAAUAUUAUUCCCCUUGUUUGUACAACGACACCGGAAGUGUUCAAACACGCAGAUUGACCCCAUCACUUCACAUUCAGAAAUCGAUGUGCCUCGAUCAUGAAGCAUUUGUGCCUCAUGCUUGGUGUGCUCCUGUGCACUUGCCUUGGUGUGCACAGGGAGAAUUUCAGGACAUGCAGCCAAAGUGGAUUUUGCAAGCGUCAACGUAACAUGGAGCCUGGUACCUCCAGUUACGUCGUACAACCGUCCACUCUGCGCAUAUCAUCCAGCUCACUCAUGGUAGAAGUGUUGAACACCAAGAACAACAUACGCUUUCUACUUCAAGGCUAUGGUCUUCAACACGGUAUCUUCAGAGUGAAGCUAGCAGAGGCUGAAGCACUGAGGGAACGAUAUGAGAUUCCUGUUGGGCUGACGCUGGUUGCUGAGCCUGUUCAGGAAGAGCUGAAGUACCAUGGUGAAAAAGAUGGCAAGUUGACAUUUUCUCUAGGACAAAAUAAGAUGGUGAUCAAUGUCAACCCUCUGAGGCUGGACUUUUUGAUAAAUGAUGAACCAGUUACCAGUCUCAAUGCACAGGGCUUGCUGAAGUUUGAGCACUCUCGUACCAAAGAGGGCUGGUUUUCUUCCCUGGGCUCGUCUGUAUUCUCAUUACUUUCACAACCUUUCAGAGAGGCCAAGGACGAAGGGGCUGGUGAAGAGUCUGAGGGAGAGCAGAAGGAAGAGGGAGAGGAGGUUAAGGCUGAGGAGGAAGAAGAACCAGACAUGUGGGAAGAAACUUUUAAAGGGUUCACCGAUUCCAAACCCAAUGGUCCCGUGUCAGUUGGCUUGGACAUAGCAUUCCCGGGAUUCCGAUACGUGUAUGGUAUUCCUGAGCAUGCCGACACGUUUGCGCUGAAAACUACAAAAAACACUGAUCCUUAUCGACUGUAUAAUUUGGACGUGUUUGAAUAUGAGCUCAACAGCCCCAUGGCUCUCUAUGGACACAUUCCUUUCAUGGCUGCUCACAAUGAAAAAAACACAGUAGGUGUGUUCUUCCAGAAUGCUGCUGAGGGUUGGGUUGACAUCCACUCCAAUGUUGCUGAUAAAUCUGUUUUCUCCAAUCUGGCUGACUUUGUCACUGGAAAUAAUGAGGUUCCUCAGACUGACACCCACUGGUUCUUUGAGGAUGGAAUCAUUGACAUCUUUGUGCUCCUCGGCCCAGGUCCCAGAGAUAUUUUCAAGCAGUAUGCCAGUCUGACUGGGAAUACCCCACUGCCACCACUGUGGUCUCUGGCUUAUCACCAAUGCAGAUGGAAUUACAAUGACCAAGACGAUGUGAGAAAUGUGGAUCAGACGAUGGACAAAUUUGACAUUCCAUUUGAUGUGAUAUGGCUGGACAUCGAACAUACAGAUUCUAAAAAAUACUUCACCUGGGAUGGCAGCCGCUUCUCCAACUCCAUUGAGAUGCUGAGGAACCUUUCAUCGAAGGGCCGCAGGAUGGUGACCAUUGUGGACCCCCAUCUGAAACGUGAAGACGGUUACCGCGUGUACAGCGAUGCUCGGGACAAGGGGCUCCUGGUGAAGAACAAGGACGGCAAUGACUUUGAUGGCUGGUGCUGGCCAGGUUCCUCCAGCUGGCCUGACUUCAUGGAGAAGCAUGUGCGUGACUGGUGGGCUGAUCAGUUUGCCCUGGACAAGUAUGUUGGCACGGCCGAUAACCUCUUUGUGUGGAACGACAUGAACGAACCUUCGGUGUUCAAUGCGCCUGAAAUAACUUUUCCGAAGGACGUAAAACAUUUGUCUGGGCGAGAGAACCGAGAGGUCCACAACCUGUUUGGAAAGCUAGUGCAUGACGCUACUUUUGAUGGUCUUCUUAAAAGAAGUAAUUACCAGGAGAGGCCUUUUGUGUUGACCAGAGCUUUCUUCGCUGGAAGCCAGAGGACAAGUGCGGUCUGGACUGGAGACAACAUGGGAGAGUGGAGCCAUCUGAAGAUGACCGUACCGAUGAUGCUGUCUCUGAAUCUGGCUGGCAUACAUUUCUCUGGUGCUGAUGUCGGAGGCUUCUUCAAGAAUCCUGACAAUGAGCUCUUGACGAGGUGGUACCAGGCUGGAGUCUUCCAACCAUUUUUCCGUGCCCAUGCCCACAUCGACACAAAACGCCGUGAGCCAUACCUGCUGCCGGAGGCGUACAUGGUGGUGGCGCGGGAGGCUAUCAAGAAGCGCUACACCUACCUGCCCUUCUGGUACCAGCUGUUCCAUGAGUCGGAGACCACUGGCAUGCCCGUCAUGAGAGCCAUCUGGAUGGAGUACCCUAAGGAGACCAACGUGUUUGCCAUGGACGAUGAGUAUCUUCUGGGUGAUGCCAUCCUUGUCAAGCCUGUUGUUGACCAGGGCCAGACGGACAUUGCCGUUUACUUCCCAGGAGAAAACACGGUUUGGUAUGACAUCGACACUUAUAAGACGUACCCUGGACGCCAGGAAGCGAAUGUGGAAGCUCCACUUUCUAAGCUCCCUGCCUUCCAGCGAGGAGGAUCUAUCGUUCCUCGAAAGAUGAGAGGCAGGAGGGCAGCGUCCCUGAUGUACAACGAUCCCUUCACACUCAUUGUGUGCCUGGAUAAGCAGGGAAAAGCAGGAGGGCAGCUCUAUUUUGACGACUACCACUCCUAUGGAUACAGAAAUGGACAGUAUGCCCUUACUGAGCUGUCUUUCCACAACUUCAAACUGGAAAACAGUGUCAAGUUCAAGGGUGAAGGUUUUACCACAAAGGAGUGGUUGGAGCGAGUGGUAGUGGCUGGUGUCAACACCGAGCCCAAAAAGAUCCAUCUGGUGAAGCCAGAUGGAACGAAGAUGGAGCUGGGCCACACAUAUGAUGCUCAGAGCAAAGUGCUCACUAUACGAAAACCAGGUGUGAAUGUGGCAGAAAAAUGGAUAAUCAAUCUGCACUAAUGCAUGCUGAUGUCCAUUACUAAUUUGAUUCUGGAAAAUUUACGUUUGGAGAGCUAAUUAAAUUUCCCUUUUUUUAGUACUUUGAGUGUUCGAUUUGUGUGUUGUUAAUUUUUGCCCUUUGUGAUAUGACUUUUUUUUUCAUGAUGUAAUUUGUUGAGUGCAGCAUUCCCAUAGUUCUAAUUAAUCCGGAGAUGUCAAAAAAGAAAUAAAGGAUCUUGGUAUGCAAUGAUACUUGUUCCUUUCGAUAAAGUGAUGGGAUAAAAUGUUGGUGAGGUGAAUUAUCUUUGAUGUUUAUUUUUAAUUGUUUAGCACUUUUUGAAAAUAUCAAAAGCACAUAAAUUUUUUUUGUGGACAGUUUAAAACCAUUGUUAUUGCUUGGUAUUAUUUUUUUUAUACCUCAUUGAUACGUUAUGUGUGUUUUGGAGGCUCAGAUGUUUUGUAUCUCUAGAUGUGACCAAAUUUUUAGAUGAAUACUGUUGUGAUGUGAAUCUGAUGAUUUUGGGUACGUGAAGUGGGCUGCCGCAGCCACAGCAUGAAAGCUAAGGGAGUCGGUCUCUGUCCAGUGCAUGCAGAGGUUUUUGUAUGAUAGAAUCCAUAAGUGCGAAAAAGAUCACAGGAGUUGAUUAACAAACCACAAAGGGUAAAAUGAGCGAUGAUGAAAGUGUCAUGUAAUGAUGGGAUGUGUUGUUAUUUAAAGGGGUGAGGUUAGAUGAGUUCUCCACAAUGAAUAAUUUGAAAACUUCUUUUAUGGACCAGUGGUAAUUCUUUGUCUUUUUAUACUUACUCUUUAAAAAAUAAAGCUAUGCCAUUGUACUUAUGUUUUUAGAGUAAAACAUGUAAUAACGUUGAGUUGUAAAAUUUUUUAUUUUGACUCGAAUCACAUCUUUCCUGUUCUAUUUCCUUCUUUUGACCCUGUCUGAUUUGUUCUAAAAAGACAUAAUAAUGUAUUCACUGUUUACUUUCUGUUUAACAAUGCACGCAAAUUUUUCAAAUUUCUUUUCGUUUUAACUUCUUGAGCUUUAAUGAUUGUGUCAGCACAGCGCUACUGUCCUUUGUUUUGUUAUGGCCCUCAAAAAAUUGUUGUCAGGUUUUGCAAAUUUGUUUGGAUAUUUUGUUUUGUUACCUUGUUUCUCAAUUGUUGCUCAUGCUUGUGAUUAAGACAGUCAAUGUAGUAACUGAUAAUAAACAGCGAUCCAAAAUCAAA